CGGAAAUCUCCUAUCAUCGGGCCCCGAAGGCGCAGAAAGUGCUUCCUGGAACACGGAGGAGGUCACAAAUCAUGUGACGACGGCUUUCCAAGGAGGCUGUCUGUCAGGCUGUCCCUGGAUCUAUAGCUGAGGGAACACCGCAGCCCAGAAAGCAAGGAGUGGAGAUUGAUCCUGCGGGAGAAAGGGGUUCGUCAUGGCGGAUGACCUAAAGCGAUUCCUGUAUAAGAAAUUACCAAGUGUUGAAGGGCUCCAUGCUAUUGUUGUGUCAGAUAGAGAUGGAGUCCCAGUUAUUAAAGUGGCCAAUGAUAAUGCCCCAGAACAUGCUUUGAGACCUGGUUUCUUAUCUACUUUUGCCCUUGCAACAGACCAAGGGAGCAAACUUGGACUUUCAAAAAAUAAAAGUAUCAUCUGUUACUAUAACACCUACCAGGUGGUUCAAUUCAAUCGUUUACCUUUGGUGGUGAGUUUCAUAGCCAGCAGCAAUGCCAAUACAGGACUCAUUGUCAGCCUGGAAAAGGAACUUGCUCCAUUAUUUGAAGAAUUGAGACAAGUUGUGGAAGUUUCUUAAUCUGACAGUGGUUUUGAUGUACACUUUAUUUCCAUUAUAACAGAGAAAAUAUCAGUCCAGCAAUCUUUAGACCACAACAGUCCUUGUAUCCAUGUACUCAAGAAAGGGCCCUUUUUCCCACCUGACACUAAAGAAGGAGCCCAUAGAUAUAAUUUAUGGACAGAUUGAUUGUUAUCUUUUCUUGUAUAGGGUCUUUUCUUGAUGUAGUGAGAUCUGGGGAUACCACAGAGAUGGUUCGGUACAUCACAGCUCCCAUGGAGUUAGUCCAGUCACAAAUAUGCAUGAGAUACUAUUCAGUGGGUCAGAACCAAAAUGGUACUUUGAUCCACUUGAGCCAUUAAGUGCUCCCUAUUAUAUAGUAUGCCCAGGCCUGCAGAAUUAAGCAGACCCUUUUAUUGUGAAUAAUAAUGAGGACAUAUUUUUCUUUAUAUUUUAUUUCUUUGCAUUGAGUGUGAGGAAGAUAAAAUGGCUUAGUAAAAGUAAUAAAAUCAGUACAAUCACUAACUUUUCUAUGUAUAUAUUAUUUUGCAAUACAGAUGAUAUUACUAAUUGACUUGAUUAUUCUCAGAGGGUGCUGCUCUUUAAUGAAAUUGAAAUGAUAGCUAAUGGUUUUUUUUCUCCACUCUGCUUUCUAUAACCAAUCAGUCUUUUAAUGUUUGUGUGUUCUUUAUAAAAUUUAGAUGUGAUUCUUGAUUGGGUUCUGCUUCCAAUAUUGGUAUGUAUGUAAACAUGGUAGUACAGCCAUUUUUUUUUCAUACAUGAGUAUAAAUAAAAUAGUAUUUUUUAAAGUA